CAUGUCCGGGCAUUACAAUCCUGUUAUCUUCUGUCGAUCAUUUGCGAACUUGAUGUGGUACCGAAUGGCGUUCGCCGGACUCAAUUUGUCUACUAAGAGUACAUGUAUUUUUCACAAUGAGUCUAAAUAAUAUCAAACUGCCGGAGGAACACCCAGACGAUUGGGGAGACAUAAGUGAUGCCGAGUUACUGAAUUUACAGUCAGAGCACCUCACUCCCUCUGUGCGAUGUAGUGGCACGAGUGAGGCAAAGGCAGAGACCCAUUUCAACCAGAAACAUGAGAAGAUCCCCAAACUGAAAGCUGACUUCUUUUUGAAGGUUAAAGCAAGAUGGAGUCAGGAUGUAUCUAUCCCCAACGUUAGACCAAUGGAUAGAUUUAACAAAUCUCACUUCUCUGUGACUCAGUUGUGUGCCCAUUCGUGGUGUGAGAUACAUAUGAUUUAUGGCCUCUUGAAGCCUCAGGUGAGACGGAAAGAGAUGCAGAGAAAAGAAGUGACAACUGGGGCUAGCAUUCAUCUAUCUAGGGAACAGGAGGCACACCCUAAUGUUGUGAAAGUGCCGGUCAUCACCAGAGAAGACAAAGAGGCUGUACUUUACCUCAGCAUGCUGCAGAAAAUAAAUGCAAUUCAUGCAGGACAGCAUGUGAGAGAGUUCCCAGUCUUUGGAGUGUUGGAAGGGAUGUUUCUUUCAGGCAUUGUUGAUGACCUGCGGCGUAGUGACUCCGGUGAGCUGGCAUUAAGUGACCUGAAGACUCGUAGGCACAACUCUUUCCCCUGCCCCUCACAGGCCAGGGGUCAUUUCUUACAGGUUGGGCUGUACAAGCUUCUGUUUGACUCCAUGGUUAGUGGUCAGUUAGAUAGGGGCCGCAUAAUCCUGUACCUCCAGGCUCGAUGGCUAAAGCUCCAACAGGCCCUGGGUGACAGAGUCCAGGAGCAGGUCAAGACCAUGGGCUACUCUGCAGCCACACUGGAGGAGCUCCUGGAUGUACUUCUGUCUGUCCUAGCCUCCAGCAACAUACAAGAAGUCAACAACCUACUUGUUGAAUAUCAUCACCAGAGCACUGGAAGCCACAUUGGGACCAGGAAGGUAGAGUUUCAGGAAACCCAACUCAAAACUGAGCUCAGAGGGUACUUGGCCUACUGGAGAGGGGAGAGGGAGCCACAAGGGGUGGACAUUGAGGAUGCCUGGAAGUGCAGAAUAUGUCCUCAUGAGGAGAUUUGUGAUUGGAGGAAGGGUCGGACUACAGACUACAGCAACAAAAGAGCCAAGUUACAUAGUCCGAAUAGCCCUCUCUCUGGUACGUAAAUCCCUGCUAGUAAUGCCAUUUAUAGUCCCAAACUGGAGGGUUUUAGAUUGGAUCCUGUGUUAGAUACUUUUACUUUACGGUGGAUACUGAUGUGUUGGAUGGUCCCAAGUUGGGUUUUUCCCGGGACGGAAGCACUACAUUGGAGAACUCUGUUGGGUACCCAAUAAACAAAAAAGGAAAUCAUAAACCUUUCUCCUAUCAAGUAUCAGUAACACAACUCUGAUGGUUCAAAAGCAUAUAUAUGAUCAAAACAAGUUGUAAAAUGAGCAUUCCUGUUGUAGGCUUGGACCACCCUGGCCACCUUUUCAUGUUCUAAACAUUUAAGUUACAGGGGGAGUUUAGUACAUCUCUCUUUGUAGUUAAUGUCAUGUAGUUAAACACUGACAACGUGUCAGUGUUUUUACACACAAUGGGUUUACCUCUUUUAUUAGUUGUCCUGUAUGCUUGUGUGCUAAUAAACAUGGGAUAAGACAAUGUUAACCAUUGUACUUUCUCUUCUUUUACGUUUUGUCUAAAAGUAACAAAACACACAUU